AGUGAAUCUUGGUCCAAAACAAUGAACUCAUGCUUAAAAAUGAAGUGCAAGAUGCAAUGAAAUCAAUGAAGGACUAAUGUUAGAAACAAGCAAAGGAUGUGGUUUCUUGGAUUCUCCACAUCAAGCAGAAGAAGCUAUUUGAUCAUAGGUGCAAUAACAUUGGUCAUCAUUCUUACCAUCAUCCUCAGAAAAUGGGCUAUUCACAUGGAGGCCAAUCAUGGAGGUAAAGCUCCAGGUAACAAAGUAGCUGAUCAGAGUGGAUCCAAGGAGACGUCUAAUGACACAAAACAGCCCGACUGCAAGAUCGUCCAUCGUUCGUCUACUGGAAUAAGGACGUAUUCGUUGGAGGAGCUAAGGGUGGCGACGAACGAUUUCAGGAUUCGGAUUGGAGUUGGAGCAACUUCAUAUGUGUACCUUGCUGAGCUUGCAGAUGGGGGAUACGGUGCUGUCAAACGUGUCAUGGAGGAGAGAGGCGGCAGCCAGAAGAUGUUCUUGGAUGAAGUUUCGGUUUUGUUGAGGAUUUCACAUCCGAAUUUGGUGGGAUUGAUGGGAUUCUGCCUGGAGAAAGGAGAGCAACUUCUGCUUCUCGAAUACGUACCCAACAACAGCCUCUUCGACAGAAUGCACACACGACAGGGCCAGUCGACAGGCACGCUCUCCUGGUCUAAUCGCCUCAGCAUCGCCUUAGACAUUGCCUACGCCCUCGACUACCUCCACUCAGUGGCUGAUCCUCCCGUCAUACACCGAGACAUCAAGUCCUCCAACGUGCUGCUAAUCAACGACGAUCAUGCAAAACUAGCAGACUUCGGGCUCUGCAAGCUUGGAAACGACGCACAGAGCGCGCACACUCCAAUUGCUGUGAAGGGCUCGCUUGGCUACGUCGACACGAACUACCUCAACACCGGCAUUGUAUCGCCUAAGAGCGACGUUUACAGCUUCGGAGUCCUGCUUCUCGAGCUUAUAACGGGGCUGAGGUCUCUGCAGGGCUCGUUUACGUUAGCCGAAUGGACGGAGGAGUGCAGGAAGAGCGACAAUGUGGAGGUUUUAGUGGGAAUAUUAGAUCCAAAACUUAAAGGGGAAGCGAAUGUAGAACAGCUUAGAGCUUUGGUUGAUGUAGCAAAUGUUGCACUACUUGAGAACACCGAAGAUAGACCUGAUAUGGCACAGAUAGCAUACAGAAUUUCGAGUUGCAUGGAAAUUCAACCUCAACCGUAGCAAGAAAAUUCUAACCUGCACCCACUUUGACAAAAGUUAUACGAUAACUGUAACACUUGUUAUGUAAUUGAUGCACAGUUACAAAAAAUUAAUUAAUUUAGUUUGAGCAUACUUGAUUUGAAUAAGAACAUGAAUGCCAUGUGCA